UGAAGGGUGUUAUCAGAGGCCCGGGGAAGACUCGUGCACGUUCAUACGCUGCGUUAGUGCGCGCAGACUGAGCUGAACUUUCCUCGCUGCACUUCUACAGCAGUUCUGCAGGAGGAUUUAAUGUCGCUGCUCCAGUUCAGUGCUGCACCUGCGCGCUGUCCGUGGUGCUGAAAGUGGACGAUGACGAGGGUCUGGCUGCUGAGGGUCAGUCUGGAAAACUGAGGCUGAGUUUGCUCUCAAGAGGCACUGAAAGAUACCAAGUAGCCGGACCAGGACUGUCCAGGAGUAACUGACUCUGUUUUCAGUGGAAUCGUCUUCUUGUUUUCGGGGUCUGCUUUUCAAAUUUGAAAAGUGAUUCUAAACGGAAUCAAACUUUUUUUGUGCGAUCGUUUUGUAAGAGUUUUGUGCAGAAGAAGAAAUGACCACACGGGGAUAAUACCAUCGUUCUCAAGUCCACGCUCCGUCUAGACGUUCCCUCGCUGCUGGACACUCGGCUCUCCACCUCAUGCACAAAUGCUUGCUUGAGCGCGCGGCUUUCUCCCGCCUUGCUGCGUUCACCAUGGACGUGCCCACGAACGGCUCGAGCUUUGGGAUCGAGUCCCUGCUGUCCCGCAGGCCCGCGAGCCCCUGCAUGUCCAGGGGCGGCGCUCUGCUGAUGGGCCCGUGCGGCUCUCCGGCCCCGAGCGCGCGCUCUGACCUGGACAGUGACUGCUCCUCGCCCCCGUCCCCGCGCAGGGACUGCGUGGAGGAGGAGGAGGACGAGGAGGUGCAGAGACAUGCGCGCGCGCUGGGGCUCGAGUCUCCCGGUCCUCAGGCGCGCACCGUCACCUCCUCCUUCUUAAUCCGAGACAUCCUGGCGGACUGCAAGCCUCUGGCGGCCUGUGCCCCGUACAGCAGCGCGCAGACAGCGCGAGACGCGGAGGACUACACCGACAAAGUGCACAGCAACUCCUCCUCAGACAGCGAGUACAGAGUGAAGGACGAGGCUGAGAGGGAGAUCUCCAGCAGUGGAGAAAGCCCCUCGUCCCGGCUGAAGAAGCCCCGAAAAGCGCGCACGGCCUUCACAGACCACCAGCUCGGCGAGCUCGAGCGCAGCUUCGCGCGACAGAAGUACCUGAGCGUGCAGGACCGCAUGGAGCUCGCGGCCUCUCUCAACCUGACCGACACACAGGUCAAGACCUGGUACCAGAACCGGAGGACGAAGUGGAAGCGGCAGACGGCUGUGGGUCUGGAGCUUCUUGCUGAAGCGGGUAAUUACUCAGCUCUCCAGCGAAUGUUCCCGUCGCCCUAUUUUUACCCGCAGAGCCUCGUGUCCAGUCUGGACCCCGGAGCUGGACUCUAUUUGUACCGGGGUCCUUCUGCGCCCCCGCCGCCGGUACAGCGGCCGCUCGUGCCGAGGAUCCUCCUGCCUGGGCUGCAGGGAGGCGGCGGUGAGCCUCUAGCCUCGCUGCACGGGACCUUAGCGCGGCCCACCCCGCAGCGAUGAAGCGAAACACGGGCUGCGGAGACGCGGUGCGUUUUUUCCUCCUCCCACCCGUAUUCGGGCAAACGCGACAAGCCCCGCCCCUCAUGUGCUGCGUUUGGCUAGUAGUUCUUACAAGCACUCCGGUGUUCUAGAGCGCUGCGCUUAGCCGGGCAGGGCGUUCUCGAACGCUGCGCUUGGCUAGCCAGUCGUAGCACUGAAGACGUAGCCAAUCCCGGCGAGUGGGGGUGGGGUUUGACGGAAUAUGGGCGGGAAAAAAAGUCACAUCGCGCUCCUGCUCGUACCUGCUCAGGAAUGAUAAAGGCGCGCGCUCGGGUAGGUGACAGGACACUGCAACGCCUUCCCGCGUUACUUAGCAACGCAGAACUUUCCACGUCACUUAGCAACAAGACAAGGAUGUUAAGUAUCUGUUA